AUGUCAAAAACAACUAUUGUAUUUUAUCAAAUUAUAAAUGAUAAAGAAGAUAAAAAUUCACAAAAUGCCUUUUAUAUUUCUAAGCCAUUAAAUGCAAUUACAUUAUAUGAUAUUAAAAAUGAAUUUCCGUUAAUAGGAACAUAUCAUUUCAGAUUUAAAAUUCUUUAUAAUAACACUCAUGUGUGGGUAGAUAUUAAUGAUGAUUCUUCUUCCAUUCCUAGUUUGAAUUCUUGCAUAUAUGCAAAAGUGUUGAGAUUAAGUUGGCUGGAUCACAGAAAAGAAAAGGGAAAUUUAAACGAAAAAAAUUCAAGUGGACGAGAUUAUACAAAAUCAUAUAAGAGCGACAAAGCAAUUGCCGGAGUAAAAGAAAAAAAUACAAAUGAUAAUAUUGAGAUUAAUAAAUCAAAAAGUAAUAUUGACAUGCUUUUAUUUGAAACUACAUCAAAUAAAUCUACUAAUGCCAACAUAAGCAAGAGAAAUGAUGACACAAAAGAUCAAAAUUAUUUUGAUUUAAUGUUUAAUUAA